CAGAGUCACAGCUUUGAUGGCGUAGGCCAAUGUCACACAGAAUUGUGAGUGAAUCGACUGCCAUCCCAAGUCUCUUCCAUCCCCCUCCCCACUCAAUCCCGGACGGCCGUCUCGCAGUGUCCGCCGAACCCGAACCCGGGAAUCAAAGAUGCUGCAGGUGUGGCGCGCGCCACCACCGCCGGCGAGGGCCGACGACAGCAGCGCUAAGCCGCGGCACGCGCGGAUCCCGCGGAUCAGAGGUGGGCAGCAGAUCUCGAGCCAGCAUGGAACUUGAUGCCGCCAUGGGAACCAACAAUGUCAUACCACGUGCAUGUCAAAACUGUCGUGUCCGCAAGAUACGGUGUAACCGACAGGUGCCAUGCUCCAACUGCGUGACCUCCAGCAUUCCCUGUCAUGCCGUGGGACAUGCAAAGUCGGCGGCAACGAAGCGGAGCGCUGCUUCGGGCAGGCAGCCGCCUCCAGCGAACACGGGCAACGAGACUGAGCUGGAAACUCUUCAGAGGCGCAUGACCAGGCUGGAGCAGACCCUCGAGAAAGUCCUAUCGCACAAUGAGAAGCACGGAAUCUUGCAGCAACAGGGGUCACAACAACAUGACGGUUCCCAAAAGGUGCGGUCGAGCCACCAGGUGCCACCCGCGAAUCGAACCAUCCCCAUCGAGGGCGCAUCUUCUUUUGGCCGGCAAGCAUAUCUUGCCAGUCAAAUCUCCGAGCUUGCGUCGCCCGAAGCCGCCAACUCGCCGGCCAUCAUAGACGAGCUCAAGGCCCUGCGCAAUGCGAUACAAGAACCGAGUCCGCCCGACCGUCCGGGCGACGGCAAACAGAACCCAAGCCAGCUCAACGUGGAGUUGAUCCCUUCAGAGUUUGUCCUGCGCCUAUUCAGGGUCCUCAGAGAAACGCAGUCGCUGCUCUUCCUCUUUCACCCCGUUCAUGACCUGGCGCAGCUGGAGACUCUGUGUCAGCGCAUUUACUUCCCGGUCAAUCCUCUCUCGACCGGAGAGCUGACGCUCUUCCACGGCAUGCUCUACUUCUCCAUGUGGGAGUUACACUGCACCCCGAACUCGGGCUUGUCCCCGGACGAGGUUGAGCGAUACCGCGACAUUUGCUGGGCGAAUUUCCAGGCCGGCAUCGACACCCACGAGCUGGCGGCCAUCCCCACCUAUGAGAAUGCGCUGGCUUUGACCAUGGCAGCGCUCGACUCGCAGUUGAGAGGCAGGAAGAUGCUGCAGUGGAAUCUCAUCUCCGCCGCGGCCAAGCACUGCCUCGCCCUCGGCUACCACCGCAGCGACACCUUCAGCAACCUGCCAUUUGCCGAGUCAGAAACCAUGCGGCGCCUCUUCUGGCACGUCUUCAUGUCCGACGCGAGCCUCUCGCUGACCCUCGGCCGCGCGCCCAUCAUCCAGGAGUACGACGUGGACGCGCCGCCCCUGACCGUGUCCAAGGACCCCAAGCGCGCGCCCUGGGACGAGGCCCUCGUGUCCUUUGUGCAGUUCUCCUCGAUCCAGGCCAACAUAUACCGACAGCUGUACUCGCCCAUGUCGCGCGGCACCGACGCCGUGGCGCGGCGGCACGUCGUCGUGAGCCUCGCGGAUAAGUUGAGGCAGUGGUACGCCGACUGGCACGAGAUUGACUUUUCGAGCGCAUACCACAGCCACAUCUUCAAGACGACCUUUUCGGGCGUCGACGUCACGUAUUACUCGGUAUUGACGCUGCUCCAUCGCGGUGCGACGUCGUCCAACGCCAUCGCCGACAUAUCGCCCGAGUGCUUCAAGGCCGCCAAGCAGGGACUUGAGGCGCAUCUAGUCUCCUACCCACGCGCGGUCAACCUGGGCCCGGACGCAGUGUCCAUGUAUGCAGACUGGAUUUUGCUAUUUACGUCCUUUACCCCGUACAUCGUGACGUUCCUGCACUGCAUCGGGAGUUUGGACUCCUCAGACCUCACACUACUGCGGAGAGUCCUCGACUCCAUCGAGCAGAUCGCGUCGACAGUCAAGUCUUGCAGACCGCAAUACGAGCUCUGCCAGUCGCUCCUUCGCAUUGCCGAAGCAUUCAACGAGUCCCGACCGCUGGACCUGGGCGGGUCGGCGCCCCAGCUAGACACGGCGCUCAAUCUGUCACUGCAGAACCCGCUCAUCGAUGAUUGCGGUUGGAGCUACUUUCAGUCUACCAUGGAUGAAUGGAGCGGCCAAUCGCUCAGCACAGGGUGUUUUACUCUCGGCAGCCGAAUCGACAGUCACGCCAACUAAUCGCCAGACAUUGGGGAAUAGCCAACUACUUGAGGCGUUGUCACUUAUUGCGCGAGUAGCAGCAAGGAAAGCAGGACGGAGCAGCGUAGUAGUGGAGAGCCAGGGGGAUGCCGAAAACUUAAGGCCUUCUGAGAUUGCGACAGAGAGCCAGUCUCAAUACUUACCAUCGCGCAACUGUGAAGCAAUGUUCGGCGGAGGCUAAGGUUGUCCGACGUCACUUGAAGACCUUUACGGACACAUACAUUUAUCCCUUGAUCGGUGAUGGCCUGUGUAGUUGAUUGCCGCCAGUGUAUGAUGCAGGCAUGGCUGCUUGUCCCCGUCCACGAC